AUGGUACGCAAGUCGGUCUUCGCGACCAAGUCGUGUUUUGACGUGGUUCAAACGGUUUUGCAAAUUUUCUACGCAGCAUGGGAAAAAGGUCUGUUCUGUCAUAGCCUAUAAUUUGAUUUCCUCGUCUUCACGCCCGAACAUACAUCUACGUCUGUUUGUCCCUCAUCUGAAUGUUGUCUUACAUAAUUCCUGUGACUGCACGUUGUAGGCCAUUUACAAAUCAAGGACAUGUGAAUUUGCUGUUUUACCAUUCUGAUUUUAACCACGGAACUCCCAUUUCCCUAUUGGUGGAAGCUAACUAAACGUUACAUAUUGUUUAAAUAGCAUUCCUCAUUGUUCCGCCAAGUUAGAAUAUAACCUGUGUUUCCACCCCACACAUGUGUUUCAGUUCCCGAGUGGACUUAGCAAAUGCGGUACCUGUGUUUAGCAUAAGGAUAUCAUUUGCGCAGACUCUGUGCCCCUCUCCUGCUAACACCUUGCACGCAGUUAAGAUAGUAUCAACACAAACCACUAGUAUGAUAGUGCAUCCCGACCUCAUUCUGUCGGACAUGUACUCCAAACGCAUGAAUUAAUUCACAAAACAAUAGCUGAUUUGUUGAAGUCUCCUGAUUUUGUAAAUACGACAAUGUCUACAACACAGGUGGCACAAUGGAUGCCCUGUGCAUAAGCGCAUCUGAAAUGAAAUUGUAUUAAGUACACAAGGCAGAGAUCUUGCCCAGGAUGACAUCGUAGAUGAGGGAACCGAGUAAGGCCCGGUUCAGGAGACUCCUCUCGUGGAAUGUUAGGGACUUCGCCGCAUCCUCUGUGAAGAGGGCAAAGGAAAUGCGUGAGGCGAAUACUUCUAUACCCUCACCACCCAUCGAAUACAGGUAUGACACCUGUGCCUGGUGUUUAUAUAAAAGAAACAAUCUACCUGUAUGCUGCGUCCGACAAUGCCGCCGACAGUUGAUCAAAGGACGGCAACGUACUUAUUUGUUGCAAAACUGGACCCUCAUCGACUGCCGGUGGUAUUGGUGAUGCCGUCAGGUGUUGGACAUCUAGACGUAGGGCCCCAGUUGUGGCCUUUUGUUCGUUUUGGUUUACGUACUCUCCCUUAACGCAGCACCUCUCAAUCCGUAGUACGCAUUAACAUUCCUACUUUGUUUAUUAAAGUCUUAAACUGGGGCAUCGCAUAUGAUAGAAGCUAAAUGGAUGUCCAGGGUUCUGUCAAUUGCAUCGACACGCAAACCACCAUUGGCCAGUGGUGAUAACUUACCAACCAGUGUUUUGCAGAACACUCGCACGUCCGAAGGCUUGUCGACCCUGCAAUAUAUUCCUACGGGAAAAACUACACUUACGAUGUGCCCCAUAGCUACUUAGAAUAGGCUAGAACUCACGCUUAGUUUUCCUAUGGAUGUGAAGCCCAUAAAUUGCUAGGCGUACAACUAUUUCAUCUGAUCGACAACACAGAGAGGCAGUUCGCAGCUGGUCAUUUAGAUGACUUCCCAGACCUAAAUGAACGUACUCACCACUGCCCAUUGCCGUUACCGGUGCAGAAAAGUUUGUCGUGCCUAACAGAGUUCGUGGGUACGAUGGGGGAUCCGCCAUAACGGCCUCAAUAUCUUCAAAACAUUGUUCGAAUGAACGCGCGGCGGAAAGUUUCACGUACGUCCGACCCGUUUUCUGGGACAUUCUGCAUCGACAGACCGUCUUCGUGGAUUGAGACGCAAGGGGACUUAAACGUAGAAGUUGAUGAAUUGGAAUCAUAAGUGUCGGACGACGUCGACGAGGACAACCAACCACACCACGGGCUCGCUUAAACCUCUACCUUUCGCAUAGGCCAGUUAACAGCGAAGGGGGUUCUUCCGCCAUUCUUUAAAUUAGUGUAUUUCAGUAAAUUAUACUUGAUCUAUAUGGCUCGAAAUUGCUACUAGGACUUCAUCCUUGCUGUCUUUCGCUGCCACCAGUCUAUUGUAGUCAUUGAUGUUCUUCAUGGUACUGGGGCCAAAAUCCUCAAAAAAGUACUGCAUAGAUUCCGGUUAACUUAUUUUGGGCGACUAGGUCAGUGGGCGUGGCUUAAUUAGGGCCCCACAACAAUCAGGCCCCAGUCCCACUGUCGGCGAGAAGAAAGAAGCCACCAACAGAAAAUGUGCUUAUAGUACGUAACCCUGCCAGUGGUAGCCCCGGCCAGCGCCUUCUGUCCCACGGGGCUGGAGGGGUUUGUGGCGGGGCUAGAAGGCGAUACUUGGCGAGGGUUUGGCCUCCUCGGACCCUAUUGCCGAAAAAAAUACGUGGGGGGUUGCCGCCUUUCGCUCAUUCUUGCCCCGCCCGUUUUUGGUACUGAAUCUUGCCGAACGUGAAUUACCCGCAAGCCAUAUAUAACAUUCCAACUUCUAAGUGUAUUAGAGCGAUCCCCACGUACGUUUUAUCGAGCGUCACCCCAACUUAUUUCGACUACUUCCCCAACAGAAGGCGGUUGGUAGUUACUGACAGAAUGAGAAAUAUAGAUAACAUGUACGGAUGGUAAAUGUUCAUAGUAGCGAAGAACGUUUAACGGAGUCUUUCAUAUCCAGGACGCGUUGGUGCACCUGAUAGUUCGUCAACCGACUCCUUCAAACAGAUAAAUCGGUUUGUUAGUCUUUCGUAACGCAGUGGUGAUCGGGGUUAGUGUAUAAGUAAGUGCAGUAAUUGAAGCAAAACAAGAUACCUUAACCUAAUGCAAAGUUGUUAUGCGUUGGUGGCAGUUGGUGCCCUCAAAGCACGACCGGACCCGGGCUUACUCUCGUCUCUCCGCAAGAGGGGCGCGGUUCCCAUUGGUAAGUGUCGUAGGAAGGCCAGUGUCAGUUUAAUGGAUUUGUUGGGUGAUUGCAGUGUUUCUGGCCGCCCGUGAAUAAGCUCAUAUUUAGUGUCGUCUCGACUAGGAGUUUACUCUCCCUCUCCCACCCAUCCUGCCCGCGGACUACUUCAGACGCAGCUUUUAUCCCUUUCCGGUUUCUCUGGUCGUGUACGUCGCAUCCGACGUUUAUGUAACCAUUUGCAUAGCAUAAUAUUAUUUUAAAUGGUAGUCGCGCCUCACACGAAACCACCCCUAAGAGCCUCAGAAGGGUGUGAAUUUAACAAGCAUUUAUGACUAAACGACACUAUUCCCCUAACCUUUGUAUCUCCCCCUCCCCACUUUUUAUAGCAAACCCGUUUACGAUUUCGUCUCUUCUGUUGGAUUAGCGGAAUAAAGAUUGUGUAGCAAACGUCCUUACUGGGCAAGAUUACUAGAACUACAAGAUACCGAAGGGUUCUUUCGCACAAUCAACUGACAGCCAAUCGAGACACUCGUGUAUUUAAUGUAGUAUGGAGCGACGAACAUUUUAGCACAAUGUAAACUUUUGUUGGGAAGGUGUAUGUGUCCUCAUGUGUGUGCAAAUGAUGGGCAACUUCUCUUUCUUUUAAACAGGCAUACACAACAGAAUUUAUUGGAACUGACAACUUUCGAGACUACUUGUCAAAUGCAACCUGUCGCUGCGUAGCACAGAUACGAAUGAAGAAGAUUCAGCUAUUUAGAUUUCCGCAGAAAAAAAUCAAUGCAAAACAGCAUCAAGUAUCAUAAGUACGCCUUGCAUCUGCCAUUGGAAGUGCAUGUUGCAAGCUGUGAAGUAAAAUUACUUAUGUCUGAAAACUAGUCUGCACGAACAGUCCACAAAAGACCCAAAGGUAGUUUAGUUGUAUGACGUCCAAUCUACUAUUAGUCAGCAGCGACUCGUCAACAUUGUGCUGCUAGUUACAUGCUUUAAAGAUCCUCUGCGGUUUACGAUGAACAUACACUUACCUAUUGCGCAAGUCGCUUUCUUAUGUAUUUCGUCGAAGUAAUUCGAAGUUGCUGGGUAACGCUUUCAAGUUCUAUAAGUAACAUAGUUUUGCCAUAUAAUUUAAGCUACCAAAAUUUUGUCCGGCUACACUUGCUCACUAUGCUGCAUCUUUAGUCGACGACGUUUUGGACGCGGUGACGGCCAAGGCGACCAAUCUCGUGGGCCCCAAAGUGGAAGCAAGGAUUCACACGCCACAGGGCACAACGCUAGAGGGGACGAAAGUGGACGAGGCACCCGACAAGCUGCAGCAGAAAUUCAGAAUGCCGUAUCAGCUAGCGGUCUUCUACCAGCCCAGUCUACACCGUGGUCAGAGCUCACUCGUCUCUGCUUUUUUGCCUUGUGCAGAGUCUUGUUUUCCUUAAAAUGGCAGUUAGUUAACUCAGCUUGAAAUUGAAAUGGCAUCAUGUCCAUUUUUAGGCGCAAGAUACAUCAGGAAGAAGAUUGUAUGCAGUUUUCGUUCUUUUCAGAUUGAUUAUUUUCGUGUUGACGAACAAACAGAAAACCAGCACGAAGUAUCAUAAGUACGUCUCGCAUCUGCCGUCGCAAAUGCAUGUUGCAAGCUGCGAGACAAAAUUGCUAAUGUCUGAAAGGUAGUCUGCACGAACAGCUCACAAAAGACCCAAAGGUAGUUUAGUCGUAUGACGUCCACUCUACGAUUUCUCAUCUGCGACCUGUCAACAUUGAGAAAAUUCAGUUUGUCAUAGUCUCUUCCCUGUACAUAAAACAGUAAAUGACAAGAGCGCUUGAAACAGGAUCUAUUUAUCCUUCCCUAAACGCUUUUACCCUAUUUACCUCCAGAGAUGCCGUGUUUAAGUUUCUACAGCGACCCCCCUGAGUGUUGUCGCCGCGUUAGUCUGAGUCUGGUAGACACCAGCUAUUUUGUGAAGGUGCUUUAAACAGCUUGGGAAUCGCGUUAUCUCAUUUGAUGACAUCCCCCAUCUUCUAGUAAAGACUCGCACUGAACCCAUGGAACUUGCAAGUAUUAACUGGUAUUAGACUUCAACUAAUGUUCAUCUUACGCAACAGACCUGCCACAUAAGUUCUCUUGCCACUUAUAGUGCUUUCCUGUUCAUCCAGUGUUGGUUGUUUUUUUCAAACAAAUUUUCUCAUUCCCUGUCAAAAUGAAUCAAGUUUAGAAACUGAAGGCGGCAAAAUAAACAGGCUCUCGACCCUGGUGACUAAGCUGUCGCGGACCGGUAGAUGAGGGCUGACACGCUGACUGCCUUAUAAAAUGCCGCAAAGCCCGAUGACGGUAUUGUAACAUGGCGAUCGUGAACCGCCAAUAAAUAAGUUUGCUUGCCACCACUACCUUGUGCGCUAGGGUUCAUGAGCCAAAGCGUUAGAGCAGACAACCUCGGACAAACAGUCCGUGCGGCUUUUGGAGACCCGCCCGUACUUAAGAUUCCCAAGUAACCCCACAAAGAAGUCCGACUGCAGUAUUACAAUUCACGCUACGGCUUCCGCGGGAGCGGACGCGCUCCGCAACCCUGGCCCGAUGCUGUGGCCGAGUAGUAUGCAAGCUGGACUGUGCAAUCGGGAACGGACACCUGGCACUGGGCACUGGGAAGUCCGAACGUUUCUGGACCCUGGCAUCCAAAGCCUGAUGACGCCCGGUCUUCAUCAUUUAAACGUGGAUGUCUGCUGUCUGUCUGAAUUCAGAAUUCUCGACUCGAACACAAAGGAAAUAAAGACCCCAGGAGUCAGAUCCCACUUCAACCUGUCCCAUAUCGGCCUACGCGACUCUUAGUAGGUACGGUGUGACUAUCUUCUUCUGGGAACCAGUCAGUGACCGGCUGGCAUACGUGCGACUGAAGGGUCACUUUACGAAUACCUCUGUCACCUCUGUGUGCGCACCAACAUCAACUGCCGAACAGCGCGAUAAAGAGACCUACUCGCAUCUGCGGGAGUUAGUUGAAAGACUCCCUCGCUGUGAUCUACUAGUUGUUGCCGGGGACAGGAAUGGCCGGACUGGACGCGACGACUCUUCAGUCACCUUGCUGGGUCGGCAUUGACCUUGGCUCUCGAUGCAACAUUGGUGGGAGGAAGCUGCAUCUUAUUGAUCAGAACUGACUGUUUGUGUGCCUCGAACAUCACCACAAACAUCUGCUGACCUGGUAUUCAAACGACGGCCAUACGUUCGGUCAGAUCGACUAUAUUCUUAUUGCCUCAAGGUUCCGCAGCUGGGCUCACGAUAGCAGAUCGAUGCGUGGUGCCGAAACCGGUAACGCCCAUGAGUCUAUGUUCCCGUUCACACACUCCUGAAAAUACACCUCUCAUCUGCACCCAAAAUGCCACGCGUGGCACGCCUUGAUGUCGCAAAACUUCAACAACCCAUUACUACCGAGGCCCUGACCACAGAUAUUCGGUCCCGUUUUACGACGCGACCCGAUGGAGAAAGUACUGGCCAGUGGUCAUUAAUGAAAUCGUCAGUGCGUGGGGCACUAAGAGGAUUCUUGUAUUCAUCUAGCGACGUCGCAUUGACUGUCUCAGCGCAAAGACCCUCCAGCUGUUGGCUCAGACGGCUCGAGCCGGGUCCCGCAACGGUCCUUCCUUCCGGAGAAUAACAGCAACGUCGGCUAAGGAUGACCGGCUGAAAUAUUGGACUGAAACAGCAGCCUCCAUGGAGUAGACCUUAAACAUUGGUGACGCCCGAAAACUACUACAUUAUUCGCCAAGUUGGUGGUAAACUCUCGACACUUUCUGACUCUUGAAGAAGGAGACACGAUCGCUGGGACAAGAGCUUUAUUAGCCUGACGUUUCGGAUUCCUGCUCGACCAAAUCGUCAGAACAUCACCCGUAUCUGCUUUUGUCUCUGAUGAUGGGUCCGAGCAGGAAUCCGAAACGUCAGGCUAAUAAAGCUCUUGCCUCAGCGAUCGUGUCUAUUUCUUCACGUUUACUUCCUGGAACUUGUCUCUCCGCUCCUAUUGACUUUCUGACUCUGUUCAUGAUAUAGAUAGCGGUUUUAGUGCUGACAACCAGGCAAAGGUCUAUCACCGGCGUGAGCACUUCGAGUACCUUAACUUUAUUGAGCAACCUAUCACACCCUUACUCUCCUCCGAAACGGGAUUUUUAUCUCUCCCCAGCCAACGUAGUGUCGUGCAACCCGCAUCUGAGGGAGAAGUUGCCAAUGCAAUACAGAACCUCCACAACCACUAG